UUUAGGAACUCUUUAUAAAGUAAGGCUGAGUUUGGAGAGUUUGCAUUCUAGCACAUCACAGCUGUCUGUUCAUCAUUUUAAAAUGCAGAAUAAAGGAACCUUGGAUACCUUUAGUUGUUCUAUAAAUAAAACACUUCCUCUUUCUUUUAAUGGAGAUAGAUGCAUUGAGUUCCCUGUCGAGUGGCCAUUAAAGGAAGCAUUGUCUGUGGUUAGAUACCAAGUGACAGUCUUUUCAAGCAAUUUUUUCCACUUGAAGAAUUUAGUUCAUGUCAGUAUUUGCAUCUUUGGAAACAAUGGUGACACGGGAGAUCGGGCUCUUCUUCUCCCUAUUGAGGAUUUGCAACAGCAGAAAGAUGACCAAGAGUCUUUUGUCCUGGAGGCUGUUGAUCUGGGAAAACUACAGCAUGCUAAUCUCUUCAUUAGUAGUUUGACAAGUUGUGAGUUAGAUGUGAAAGCAUUACAUCUGAUGGAGGCAUUAAAAAGAGAGCCCAUUUAUGUAUUUGAAGUGAAUGAAAAGUUUAUCAUGGAUGCUGAUAAGCCUGAAAUUCAGAAAAAAGUCUCAGUCUCUUACAUUAUGGAUAAAAGAGGAAUUGAAUCAACCAGUGAAAUGACUGAUAAUUCCCAUGAAGAAAAAGACUGCAAAGCUGCUAUGAGUGUAUAUCAAAUUAAAGUAUAUACAGGUGAUGUUAAUGGAGCGAGCACAAAUGGCAAAGUCCAUAUCACCCUCUUUGGAAAUCAAAACACCUCUAAAUCAUUUCUUCUCACUGAGUCACUGGAGCAUAUAAAUCCUUUUGAAAUGGGAAAGGCUGAUACGUUCCAAGUUAAAACAAAGAACUUAGGAUGCCUGGAUCGAAUUGAAAUCAUGCAUGAUGGAAAAGGGCUCACAAAUGGUUGGUUUCUAGAAAAAGUGGAAGUCAUAGAUGUAUCUACAAAAGAAAAAUACUGCUUCCAGUGCAAUCGGUGGCUUACUGAAGAUGAGCAUGAUGGCCUCACUAUUCUAAAACUCUACCCAUAAGUUUGUUUUUUCUGCUUUCAAUGUAUUUUAAAAAAUUCCUUUUGAUUUGAAUCCUCAUAUUUCUUUGUGUAAAAUUAUAAAGGCUUUAUAAUUAUUAUAGAUGAAUGUCAAAAUAAUAACAGCUAGCAUUUAAUAUUACCAGAAGCAUUUAAAGCUUGUUGGAUAUAUAAUUCUUGUACAGGAAACAUUAAAUAGUUGGACUGGAAUAAUUUGUAAAUAAACAGACUUAAAACACAGUAGUGACUCUAUCUAUGCAUGACAAAUACACUUAAGCAAAUCAGUCAAUUCAUUUCUCCUCCAAGAUAUUGUGUUUUUUUUUCCUCAAUAAGUAUCCACUGUCCUCAUAGUCUUUAGCAAAAUAAAAUGGGGAAACAAACAUGUUCUUACUAUAUAUGUGUGAUAUAGCUUUCUUUCUAAAGAGUUUGUUUUAAUCCAUUCAUUGCAAAAUAAAUAUAAUAAUAACCGCUACUAAAUAUAAUAUUCUGUAAGUUUUGCAAAGUACCUUCCAUAUGAUAUCUCAUUUUAUCCUCAAAACAACCUGAGAAUUAAGUUCUAUUAUUAUCUCCAUUUUGCAGAUGAAAAACUUAGGUUGUGACCUUCCUAGGUUCACAUAGCUACUAAAUUUUUGAGGUUAGAUUUAAAUUCAGGUCAUCCCAACUCCAGGUCUAAUACUUUCUCUACUCUUACCAAUAUAUAAGAAAAAUGUAUUAAAUUCCAGAUUGUAAAUGCAUUGAAGUUAUGAUUUGGCCAGUUCCCUAGUGUUCUUAUCUGCUCCAGGCUACUCUCCUUCAUGUUAAGUGCUCUAAAGUAUUGCUGAGAGGUAUGAAUCUUUAGGGCUGGAAAGUACCACUGGAGGUCAACUAAUCUUCAGUAAUUAUUAUAGGUAUGGAAAUUGAUGCCCACAGAAAUUAAAAUAUUUUCCUAUGAUGAUAGAGUAAAUAAAUGAGCUGCUCUGCACCCGAGAUUUUCUGAUUCCUAAUCUAGUAUUUUUCUCACUGUAUCAUGUUGCUUCCUAAUAUAAAUGAUUAUUACUAAGAACAACAAUUAUGUUAUUUUCCUCUAAUUCUCUGAUUAUUAUAAUAUUUUUCUUUCACCAACUUCCUAGACUUUCUGGUAAAUAAUAUAAUCAUUCCUAUUAAGAAGAAAUAAUCAUUAAUAUGGUACUCUUGAUGUGCCAGGCCCUGUGCUAGAUGCUUUUAAAAAAAAAAAAAUUAUCUUAUUUGCUCCUUACAGCAACCCUGUGGGAAAGUUGUUAUUAUCCCCAUUUUACAAUUGAGGAAAUUGAGCUAAACAGGUUAAGCGACUUGAUAAUGCAUCUAGUAGGUAUCUCAGGCUGGAGUUAAGCUCAGGCAUUUCUGACUUCAUGCCAGUGCUCUAUUUACUUUGCCACAAACUAUUUUCUGUUAACUGCCAUGUAUAAUCAAUAGACAAGUCCAAUUUCACCUUGACAAUAUCUCUAAUGUAUCUCGCCUGUUUUCAUUUUGACUAUACCUAUCUUAGUUCAGGACAUCGAUUGAUACUAUGAUGAUACAAAAAUAAUUUCCUGGUCUGCUUGAAUUUCAGUCUCUUCCUUUUUCGAUCCAUCCUUCAGAAUGAGUAGAACUUUUACAUAUGUUCCUGAUCCCUCACUCAUGACUUCUUGCUAACUAGAAUGUAUAAUGUUUGUCAUGUCCUUCAGGUUUAUUAACAAUCUAGUCUCAAUCUUUCUUUAAGGUGGGAUCUCUUAACCUGGCUUCUGUGAUUCUUUUAAAAUUUUCUCUUAUAUUUUUAGUAUAUUGUUUUGUGAACAUUGUGAUUUCCUUCCUCCCCGAUUAGAUUAUAAAUGCUUGGAAAGACAAUUCUGAAGGGCAUAUGAUGAAAAUGUUAUUUACCACCAGAGAAAGAAUUUAUAGAGUCUGAAUGCAGAUCAAACCAUAUUUUUAAACUAUAUUUUCUUGUGUGUUUUUUUGGGGGGGGGCAAUGAGAGGAAAAUCUGUCUUCUUUCAUCAUAUGACUAAUAUGGAAAUAAGUUUUACAUGAUUGCACAUGUAUAAUAUAGCAAAUUGCAUGCCUUCUUAAAUUUAAAACAAUUUUUAAAUGAGUGUCAAAAAUUCUUUUUCAUGUUAUUUGAAAAAUAAAAUGUUUUAAAAAAGAAA